CACAUGAUCACAUGGAGCCGGGGCUUGUGUACAAUGUUCCUCCGCCGGUUGCUGGGAGUAGUGAGGGGAUGUUACGUGGUGCGGAGGGUCACAUUGGUCCCGGGCAGCUGUCGGUAUGGUGGUCACGUGGUGUCGUUCCUCGGUCCUGAGCGGCUGUACGCCUUGGGGCUCCGCACAUUGUGGAGGGGAACGCCGAGCAGGAAGUCUUGGUCAACGGGGGGCUGGGAUGGAGGGAAUUACGGGGACUCUGAUGAAGAGGACGAGGAUUUGGAGGAGCUUCUGGUUUCUCCGACGCCCGCCCUCCAUGGGGCGCAGAAGAUUUUCAUUGUACAUCCAAAUGUUAAAUGGGGGGCUAAGAAACCGCAUGACACCACUGCUGAACUUUUAGUCGCUGAAGCAGUGACUCUAGUACACAGCAUUCCUAACUGGAUAGUUGUGGAUAAGCUAAUCAUGUCUACAAAAUCACCUGAUCAGAAAUACAUUUUUGGAAAGGGGAACUUUCAGACUCUUACAGAAAAGAUUAAAGGACUUCCUCAGAUUACUGCAGUUUUUGUGAACGUUGAAAGACUAUCUGCUUUGAGUGAGAAUGAACUGGAAGCAGCGUGGGGAGUGAAAGUUUUUGACAGAUACACAGUGGUCCUUAAGAUUUUCCAAUACAAUGCCCGCACAAAAGAAGCUAAGCUACAGAUUGCACUGGCUGAACUUCCAUUACUAAGAUCCAGAAUAAGAAAUGAAAUGGCCCACUUGGACCAGCAAGGUGGAGGUUCAAGAUAUGUCAUGGGGUCAGGUGAAACAUUAAUGGAGAUCCAGCAAAGAUUGCUGAAGGAGAGGGAGCUAAAGCUUAGGAGAGCUUUGCAGAUACUAAGGAUGAAGAGAAAACUAUUUAGGACACAGCGCAAACGGCGGGAGAUUCCAAUAAUCUCUGUAAUGGGUUAUACCAACUGUGGAAAAACAACCCUGAUAAAGGCACUCACUGGCGAUGCAAGCCUUCAGCCACGUAACCAACUUUUUGCCACACUUGAUGUCACAGCCCAUGGUGGAUUGCUUCCUUGUCGUAUGCCAGUUAUAUAUGUUGAUACCAUUGGCUUUCUCUCUCAGCUUCCUCACAAUUUGAUAGAGUCUUUUUCUGCCACACUAGAGGAUGUCAUCCAUUCGGAUUUAUUCAUUCAUGUGAGAGAUAUAAGUCAUCCUGAAGUUAUCAAUCAGAAGAAAACUGUGCUGAAUGUUCUCUCCAACUUGAAUGUUCCCCAGAAGCUUCUCGAUACCAUGAUUGAGGUGCACAAUAAAAUUGACUUGGUUGACAAUACACAUGAAACUAAAGAUGCAGCUGUUUCUGUGUCUGCACUUCAUGGAUCUGGCUUGGAAGACCUCAAACAAUGUAUAGAGACGGGCUUGAUGGAAACCACAGGGAGGAUAAUUACCACAAUCAGAAUAAACCUGGAAAGUGUUGAAUUAAGCUGGCUUUACAAAGAGGCUUCAGUACAGGAAGUGAAAGUAUUGCCAGAAGAUGGUGCAGCUGACGUGCUUGUAAUAAUAACCAAUGCUGCUUAUGGAAAAUACAAAAAACUGUUUUGUAAAUGA